GUGCUCGUCGGCGUCCCCCACAUCGCGCCCGUCGCUGUCCCCCACAACUUGGUUGACUUCGCCGACGACGUGCGGACCGCGGCGCUGGCAGGACAAUAUUUGGACUAGCACUCUCUUGGCUUGGUCUCUCCCGACCACCAUCUUAUCGCUCCCUCACCCGACGCCCCGUUCCAACUACAGAUCGCCCGCUAAGGACACCCACGUCCACACCGAUCAGCACUUCCAUUUUAUGCUCGCCGCUCUUCGAAGCGCGCACAACGAAUAUACCUAUUAAUGUCUUCCUACAAUGUCCAAGACGCAAGCUCCGCCGCCGCCCUCUCCGCCGCCGCAGCAGGCGUUACUGAAAACAAAGUCUGCCCGGGAUGUCAACAGUCGGUGAUGGAUGAAAACGGCGGGGUUGUCAUUGCUUUCGGCCAAUCUUUCUUCCAUGUCGACUGCUUCAAGUGUGCGAAAUGCCACAACAAAGUUACUGCCGACACAAAUCUACUCCUCCUCUCCGACGGCCAGCCCGUCUGUUCCAACUGCUCGUACUCCUGUAGUGUCUGCCAUCAACCCAUCCUCGACGAGGCUAUCAUGACCGGCGACGACAGCUACCACGCGCACUGCUUCAAAUGCAGAGCAUGUCAUAACCGCAUCGACGAGCUCAUGUUUGCCAAGACAAGUCACGGCAUUUAUUGCAUGAACUGUCACCACCAGCGCGUAGCUCGAAGUCGACGGCAUGCUCAGAAGCAGAAAGAGCGAGAUAGAUCCGUUGGUGUUGGAGGUAGCGGGUCCGCAAAAUCUAAGGAGAACGGAACGCGCCCCCCAUAUUCAGCUACUAGACCUUCUACUGCGCAGUCGUCCACUCCAUCUCGAGAUGUACCUCCUCUCGCCAUACCUUCUCGCUCUAACACAUUGCCUUUGAACGACUCCCACCCGUCUUCUCCAAUUGCGCCCAAUAGACGUCAAUCUAUAAAUUCUUUGAACGACAACAGCCAAGCCCCUCUACAAUCCCAUCCGUCCAACGGUCGCUCUACUCCAUUGUCUGCUAUGUCUCCCACUCUGGCCCCUCCGGACAUCAACGGUCUUGAGGCGUACCUUUCCCAGGGAAGACGACCUUCACUUUCCUUCGUCACGGCUUCUCCAAACGAAUACUCAACAUCCCAGAAUGCAUCCGCCGCGUCACCUCCGAUAAACUCAGACCUCCUAUCCCCUUCCAGCGAAUCCAGCGACCAUUCGCUCCGCAAGCGGCAAAGCUUCGACGGUCGAUCUCUUAAUAUACCCACGUCGAACGGCUCAGUUGCGGCACUCAGCAUCCCUGGGAAGACGUCGCGUGUUGCUAAGCGAGGCUCCAUCCUCCCUGGGACCGCGUUUGAUACCAACGGUGUUUCGUCGUCGACAUCAGCAGGAAAUACUUCCCCAAUCAGAGAGUCAUCCAAUUCUCCACCUUACAGCUCGUCUGCUCGAAAUGGCCGAUCCUCUCCCUACCGAUCACCAUCACCAUCCCCACUCAAAGAAGAAUUUUCCGCAGAGUCUACGCGUCGACCUCCCAUGGAACACUCUUCAUCCAAUCCAUCAUCAAAGGACAGAGACCUGCGGAUAGAGUCGCCUCACUUGCGGACUAGAGCGGAAUCUUCGAGCACUUAUCUUCCCGAGCAUCCCAAACCGCAAGAUUCGCUAGGGCCAGGGAGACCACCAUUGCGACCCAGCGUCACUCUCGACCGAGUACCUCCCCGCCCGUUCGCGCUUUCUAGCGCUGCUGCUUCUUCCGAAUCGCUUCGGGCGCCUUCUCCAGCUGGCAGUAUACGCCCACAACGGUCCUUCGACGAUCGACUGGCCGCGAGACCUUUGAACGUCCGUGGGACGUCGCCUACGAAUUUGAGCAUCGACGUGGAGAAGUCGAGGAAUGGGUAUUCGUCGGCCCUUGGGAGUGGGAGGUCGAGGCCUACGUCGCCUGCACAUCGUGUCGACGUGCCACAUGGGAUCGAGAGUGGCACGGACGAUUCGAAGGAGAGCGAGGACGAGAAGUCGAACGAUCAGCACGGUGUUGAGGACUCGGAGGACGACAAGCCGCCUUCGCUCCCCGAGAAAGAGCCCAAGUAUCGACCUAGGCCGGAACAACUCAAGCUUCAAUCGAAUGGGAACAAAGUCUCUUCGUCGUCGUCGUCGUCCCAGGAGAACGAUUCGGCGCCCACGUCCACAGUGACCACAAGGGGGAGAGAGAACAGCCUCGUAGACGACUCCGACGAAUCGUCACCCGUCGAGCGGGUCUCGCAUUCAACAUACAUCGCGCCCGCUCUCCCUCCUAUUCGUUUCUCCAUGGGUCCAGGCGACUUUUCCGAGUUCCUCACGACGGUCAGUAAUUCGAAGGACCACAGAGGCUCGCUCAAGUCCCUCGACCAGCUCGCGAAACUCAGCCAAGAUACGAUCGCGCAACUCGACGCUAUCUCUUCUGCGUCGGCUUCUCCCCCGGUUACCGACACUCCGUUGACCACGCCUCCGCCCACGGCGGCUAGUACGGGUGCGGAUAGUACCAUGACUUGGAGACCGAUUGCAACGCCUACGAGUAACAGCGAGUGCACCAUCUCGUCGAGGUUCUCCGAUGCUAGUUCCGCGACAACGACUAUCGACGGAACGUCCACCGUGCCCACGAGUCUUCAAUCGCACGACGAUAUGUCGAUGAAGUCGAGUGCCGCGCCAAGGGCCGGAGCGGAGCAGGUCUCGAGGCAGAAUAGCCUGGGGAGCAGAAGUGUGGAUAAGCUGAGACUGCAGCAAAGGAACGGGACCUCGCAACAUGGUCGGUCGGCGUCGUCUGAGUUUGGAGGGCAUGGACAAUCUGCCUCGGCUUUGACAUUGAUCCCACGACCACGAUUCGACUCAAACGCUUCCGCCGUCGAUGUCUCGUAUCAGUCUGGUGCUCAGAUUACCGUGACAGCUCCGGGCGGGGGUGUUUUGCGCCCGGUGAAGUAUGGGGCAGGAGCUGGAGAUGCUGCUGUUGGUGGUAGUGCUGCUUCUGCAGGGACGGGGAACGAUCUUGUGACGAGGAGGUUGCAGGAGGCGUUGAAUGAUGCAGCGAAGAGGGGGGCUACGCAUGUUAAUCUGGACAAGGAGUUUGUGCAGGCGAUAGUGAUGGCGGUGGAGCAGAGGAGGACGGAGAAUGUGGAGAUGAAGGGCAGGUUGGAUGGCAUGAAGAGAGCGAGCAAGCAGUAUAUGGAUGGUCUGACGGUCGCCCAAGAAGAGUACGAUAAGGAGCUAAGUGCGAGGCGAGAGGCCGAGGCUGAGGUCACGAGGUUGCGCAUCUUGCUCUCCGGUCAAGCGGCACGUAUCACCGCUAUGUCGAGCGAGAGCCGGAAAGGAGAGGUGCAGAAGCAGCUUGAGCGGGAGCUUACGGAUAAUUUGAGUGGUUUGGAGAAGGAUAUCUCGAAGUUGAAGGUGGAGAGGGAUGUUACGCUUGCGGAGGUCGAGGAGCUGGCUUCGUCGAAGACCUCCCCUAACCUCACUGUCGACGAAGCCUCAACUUCCAGGAUGGGCCGUUCGUUCUCCAUCCGUCUCGAUACCAUCAAGUCCCAAUAUUCUCGCGAGCUUGUGCCUCUCACAGAAGAGCGCGAGGCCCUCCUGCGAGAGAUUGCUGAACUCAAAUCUGCACGGGAUGUCUUCCUCGAGGAAACUACUAUGCUCAACGCCAGGAACGAAGAACUCGCGCAACUCAAUGCACUUUAUGCCCGUCGUACAGAAGCCGCGCCAAUCGAUAACCACAUGGUCGACGUUCCACCUAUCAUUCUCGAGCGUAUGGAGAAGAGGUCAGGUUCGUUCGACAGGCAGAGGACGAACACUAACGGCACGGUGAACGGCAACGGCGGUAUCAGCGCGUCGAACACCGUCUUGACGACGUCUUCCUCGUACGGCGGCUCGGAGGACAGCGCUGACAAGUUCGUCAAGGUGCAGAAGAACGAACUUCCCGCCGGCGGUGGUGGUAAUGGUGCACCUGCUGGUACAAACGCGGAGAACGCACAGACGUUGAGGGGCAAGUUCAAGUGGAUGGGUGGCGGUGGCGGUGGCGCGGGGAAUAGGAUCAACAAGGAGAAUAUUCAGGUCGUCGUGAAUCCGUCGCCGGAGCCUCCUAAACAGAGCUUGAAUCUGAUUCAGCCGAUGGAUGAGGGCCCGCCGAGGGGGAAACAUACGUUCCAGUCGAUUAGCGUGUUGAGGAUUACGAGGUGCGAUCAUUGUGGGGACAAACUCUGGGGGUCAUUGCUUCGAUGCACGAGUUGUAAUGUGUCUGUUCAUCCGAGAUGUGUGCAUCAUUUCACUACGACGUGUUCGCUACAAGCACCGACCACCAAUGUUGCCCAUGAUGGACCUUUGCCUCCGUCCAUGUUUGGUCGCGAUCUAAUCGAACAAGUCCGCGCAGACUCCAGGGGAGAUAGCCGCAUGGUCCCCAUCAUCGUCGAGAAAUGCAUCCAAGCCGUCGAACUCUCCGCCCUCGACUACGAAGGUAUCUACCGGAAGACCGGUGGCACCGGCCAGUCGAAGGUCAUCACCCAGCUCUUCGAGCGCGGUGACUACGCCGCCUUCGACCUCCACGACACGGACAAGUUCAAUGAUAUCUGCAGCAUCACGUCCGUGCUCAAGUCGUACUUCCGUGCGCUGCCAAACCCGUUGUUGACGUAUGCGCUGCAUGACGAGUUUAUGCAUGCGAGUACGACGAAGGAUCAGGAGCAGAAGGUGGAGAAGUACGCGGAUUUGGUGAAGCAGUUGCCGACGGAGCAUUAUUAUACGUUGAGGUUGAUGAUGCUACAUCUUCAUCGGAUUCACGAACGGAGCGAACACAAUCUCAUGACUGCACGGAAUCUGGGCGUUGUGUUUGGACCGACGCUCAUGCGAUCUCGCGAUCCUGGUGCCGAAUUCAGUGACAUGGCUGGCAAGGCCCUGUCCGUUGAAUGCAUGGUGGAAUAUGCCCCCGAAAUAUUCCCUCCAUUAUCGCUCUAAACGUCUUCUCCGUCGCCGACUGCCCACCUCGUACCAUCUCAUUCCACCCCGAUUCGUCCACUAUCAUUUGUGUUAUCAGUAACUGUAUUCAAACGGACUGUCGGACACUAUCUUCAUCCUUCCCCGCUGUGUUGGUAUCGAUCGAUGGGCUGAGCGGUUCUCUGCCCCUUUUCCUUCGUGUUUUCAUUUGGUGUUUGCGGGGUUUUCUUCUCGGGUUCUAUGGGACCCACGUAUUUAUCUACUUUCUUGUUUUCUUCAUUUACUUGGUGUGGCAUAGGUACAGUUCUCAGUUGUUCGUACUUUUAUUAUCACAUUUCUUUUCUCUCUCUUUACAUCUAUCAUUUCUAUGUCACAUAUCUAUAUAUACCCCGGCACAGGCUGCACACCAUCUUCUCUCUCUCACUCACUAUCUUUCCCUCCACAUGCCCAACCAUUCAUCCUCUCUGUCUGUCUCUCAAUCAUCCACUGCCAACAUCUGUCUCUAUCUCCUUCCCGUCUUCUCACUAUCUUUCAGCCUCUG